AUGUCUGCAGCUUUUCGUAUAACCCCACAUCUAUGGGACAAGAUCCACCAUUUUGCUAGUUUUCCUCAAACCGGGGUUUCUUUGCAACAAAUGGUCUUAUUCGGCCAAAAUCCGAGCCAAGGAACGCUUUUGAAGGCGAGCCAAUUCUUGGCAGCAGAGGAGCUGCCUGUGCGUCUGGCCCAUCGUGUCAAGGAACUUGAUGAGCUGCCUCACAACCUCAGCGCCAUGCCCUCCAUCCAGAAGGUCAAGCUCUGGUAUGCUCAAUCCUUCGAGGAACUUAUCACCUUUCCGCCGAUAGCUCUGCCUCCAGACAUUCGCCAAGCUCUCAUGGUUCCCCGUUCAGACGAUAUUGCUCUCCCAGAAUCAAAGCCCAAUCCCUCCUUCACAAAAUUCGCCGAUGGCUCCACUCAAUACACUCACGGAUAUUGCAAUAGCAACGGAAAUGGGUUUAACAAGUUGAAGCUACGUGUGCCAAUGGAGCGAAGAUAUUAUGCCAAUACGAAUAACAUCUCAUGGCCACCAGCAGUACAAGAUUACAACAAACGCUUCACAAAAGUUUUAGAGCAUAUCAAGAGUAGGCACGAUCCCACCGUCACUACCGUUGCUCAAGGUGUCUUGGAAUGGAAACGAAGCCAAAAUGCACGCCACAUUGGAUUGGACAUUCAAGCCUGGCUAGACCGAUUCUAUCUCUCUCGUAUAGGCAUCCGAUUUUUGAUUGGUCAACACGUCGCACUAAACACCCACCAAGCACACGAAGACUAUGUUGGGAUAAUCUGCACAAAAGCGAAUGUACACGAUAUCGUUCAAGAAGCCAUCGAGAACGCGCGCUUUGUAUGUGAAGAGCACUACGCCAUGUUCAAAGGGCCUCCUGUUCAGCUCAUCUGCCCUAAACACCUCAUAUUCCCUUACGUCCCGGGCCACUUGUCACACAUUUGUUUUGAGUUGCUCAAAAACUCCUUGCGUGCGGUUGUUGAGCGAUAUGGCGUUGACGACGAUACUGGUGUGGUAUAUCCACCCAUCAAAGUGAUCGUUGUGGAAGGCAAGGAAGACAUAACCAUCAAGAUCUCUGACGAGGGUGGGGGCAUUGCACGGAGUGCCAUCCCUCUCAUUUGGACAUACAUGUACACGACGAUGGAGAGCCAGGACAUCGAUCAAAAUUUCAAGGCUAGCGACUUCAAAGCUCCUAUGGCUGGAUUUGGCUAUGGUUUGCCCCUGUCGAGAUUGUAUGCCCGCUAUUUUGGAGGCGACCUCCGCCUGAUAUCUAUGGACGGAUUCGGAACGGACGUGUAUAUCCAUCUCAAUCGGCUGUCGAGCAGCCAGGAACCGCUACCUUAGCGGAGCGCACACCUAUUGCCAGGUGUACCUCCCCGCAAUAGGUAGACGGAAGCUGGGAUGGCCAAAACGACUUUAUCGACAGCCCUCUGGCUUUCCGCUCUCAAGCUGUUGCGGCACGACUCAUUUGUUGAGUUCCGUUUGUUCCGACUAGACGACCCUUUCAUCUGCAAUGGUCUCGUCACAUGCCUUUCAUCUGGGUCAUCCGCUCUUUCCUUCAUUUGUCUCGAGUCCGCUUCAAAUUGUACUGCUAAUUUCAGUGUACUACAAAUCUCUGUAUAAUAACACAUCCCAAACGACCUCGUCAAUUUUGGAAUCGCUUAAUAUCUUAUAUACUGUAAAACGUACAGUACACACAGAUGAACGUUACUGAAAGUUGAAAUCCGCC